AUGAAUACCGAAUAAAUCGUGAUAUCCUUCUUCUUUAUACACACCUUACUGUCUAUUGUUGUUUAUUGCUUAGAACUUGAUAUUUUUAAACUUGUAAUCGAAGGAUUACUGAUGGCUAUCAUACUUUUAUUUUUUAUUUUUAGGACUAAGAAGAAACUACUUUUCAUUAUUUAAACUGUUUUAUCCCUUAAUAUAUUCAUUAUUGGAUUGAUUUAUAUCAAUUCAUCAUACAUCUUUAUACAUUUUCUAGGUUGGUUCAUUGUAACUAGAAAAUUCUUGAAAAUUCAUAAAAUUAUACGCUUACUCCACUGUAUAAUUAUAAUCCUUACUUCUAUAUUUCAAAUUUGGAGACUUUGGAAGAGUGAUACAUAUGAAUCAAUUAUACAUAUGCAAGGAAUAUUAAGUUUCACUGCUUGUUAUUUUUAUUAUGAAUACCAAAUUCAUAUAAAAUAGAACAACAACACAGAAACGUUAUAAAGUUCUCAAAAAGUCAUUAGUGAAGAUUUUCAUAGAUUUUUAACUACUCGAAGAUCAAUGAAUACUUUAUGCUCUGAUUUUGUUGUUUUAGAUAUUAUUCCUCAUGGUGUAGUGUUAUUAACUUGUAAAUAUGAAUUCUAACAUAUUAAUGAAAAAGCUAUAGAUCAAAUAUAUGGUUUGACUGGUAUUAAACCUAAUGAAGAUAAUGUUGUAGAUCUUAUAAAUUCAGUUUUAAAAGGGUAUUCAAUUAUAUUCAUAAAUUAGUUUAUUAAGCUAAAAAAAUUCACCUAAAAACAAGUCUGAAAAAUAAGUUUCCAAAUUGAUUAAUCCACUUAAUCUAGUAAAUCUUGAUUCAAGUCUUGAUAUCAAAAUCACUCCAUUAGAACAUAUCAUUAAUAAUUAAAAAGGAUGUUCAAUUAUGACUGUAAUAUAUUUAUACAAAUUUAUUAGAGUAAAUUAAUUACUAACUAUUAAUCUUAAGGAAAAAUUAGAAGUGUUAAAUUCUAAAUUUAAAAAUAAGAAUUACCAAAUAUUGUAAUCAUUUUAAUCUUAGAUGUUACAUCAAAAAUUGAAAGAUAAAUUCAAGAAAAAAAAUACAAAUUUCAACAUUAAUUGUUGAAUUCUUUUUCUCAUGAAUUAAGAACCCCUCUUAAUUGUUCUCAAUAAUUAUUAGAAAGUUUAAUUGUUAAAUAAUAAGAUGAACAAUAAUUAAAAUGCUUAUAUUAAAUCUUUCAUCAAAAUGAUUUACUUUUAUGUUAAAUCAAUGAUAUAUUAGAUUAUGCUUCAAUGGAAACUGAUAAUUUUCAUUCUUUUUAUUCUGUAUUUACACUUGAUUAACUCUUUAAUUAAUGUCUUGAAAUGUAUGAAUAAGGAUGCAAAUUGAAAAAUAUUAAUAUAAAUAUUAAAAACACUAUUUAUCCUCCAAUUCGUAAUGAUUGUAUGAGAAUUAAAUAAGUCUUAGUUAACCUUAUUAAUAAUUCAAUCAAAUUUUGCUCUCAAAAUGGAAAUAUAAUUAUUCAAGCUAAAGAAAAAAUUAAAAACGAAAAAAAAUUAGCAAAAAUAAAAGUUAAAGACAAUGGUGUAGGUUUUACUUAAACAUAAUUGGCAUUAAUAAAUCAUGUUCUUGAAUAGAACAAUGAUUAUUUUGAUGCAACUACCUCAAAAUGUAUAGGAUUGGGAUUAAAAGUAGCUAAUAAAUAAGUUAAAUCUUUUAUAAAAGGAUACAAUAGAUUAAAGAUAUCAUCUAUUUAAAAUUAAAAAACUAAUGUUUCGUUUUACAUAGAAGAUUUAAUUGAGGAAUAAGAUUUAGAUUGUCAAUCAAGAGCAUCUAAAACUCUAUGUUGUAAUAUGUCUACAAUGACAAAUUCAGAGUAUAAAUUUAUAUCUGCUUUAAGAUGUAAGUGUCCUAAAAUCUUGGUUGUAGAUGAUAUUCCUUUUAAUCAUUAAGCUUUACAAAUAAUGUUAAGUUCUUUUAAUUAGUUAUGUGAUCAUGCUUUUGAUGGUUUAGAAGCAUUUUAAUGUGUAAACAAGCGGCUUUAAACAAAUAAAUGUCAUCCUUAUUAUUAAUUAAUUUUGAUGGACAUAGAAAUGCCAAAAAUGAAUGGAUUUGAUUCUGCUGUGAAAAUUACAGAAUUGCUUGAAAAAAAUAAAAAUUAAACUAAAAUUGUUAUGUGCACAGCAUACGACAAUUUGGAAAGCAGAUUAAUUGCUAAAUAAUGUAUGAUAGAUGAUUAUUUACCAAAACCUAUUUAGAAGAGUAAUUUGCUUAAUAUUCUAAAUAUAUUUAUUAAAUGA